AAUCCCUAAUCAUCUUAUUCCUAAUUGCCUGUAUCUAAUUUCCCGUUACUUGUUCUUUCCAUCGUGUCUGAAUCCUAGCCUAACCGAACACUUGACCGAACCGAACGGUUUAAAUACUCACGUUUCGACGACGGUCCAAUUAACUUGGGAGCAUCUGGCGAGUGCCAACGAAGGCGGCCUCGUAAUCCGAUCGAUAAAUCAAGCCGCACGCUAUCACCUGUCAGAAUUUCUCCGCGCGCGCGUGAAAACGAACGUUUUCCCGGGCCUGAGUAAAUGGACGAAAGCGCGCGCGCACAUCGCCGCGCAACACUGAGCGACGGGACACCUCUAAUGACUUUCUAUCGCGACGCGCUAGAUCCACAGCCGUGUUUGUUUGCAAUCAAGUUCGGCGAUGUCCCUCGAGAAGUCGAAUGUAAACGUUGCGAUUAAUAGUCAUGUAACGACGAGACACGCCCGAUGUUGUUGGCUCGUUACGCUCGAUCAACUGGUUAACAACGCGUCCUCGCGCUUGUUGAAACUUUAAAUCGAAUAACAACGAACGCGCGGCGAACGGGCGCGAUGAUGGCGACACGGAGGAAGGGGGAACUUGAGUGGCACAUAAAUGUGUAUAAAAUAAAAAUAAUAAUAACAUACGACUUUAUGACACUCUCUCAUCUUGGUAUUUUAAAAGCCUUUUCCCGCCGGUGGGAAAUAUGCGUGUAUAUGAGAUGCACAGGAGAAAUCGUAUCCAAAUACGAGUGAGUGAAAUGAGCAUAAGGAAAAGAUGAAAAAAUAAUAUUACUUCUUAUUUUGAUUUCGCUCGGAGAAAUUCCUAAUUACCACAUCUCUUUGGGAAAUGUUGAUAGGAUUCGAGGAUUCUCUCACUUUUCGUACGUUGUCCGAUGGAAAAUUCCAAAUUUACGUAGACACGGGAGCGGAAUGGACGGCUCUGUUUACUCCCGCAUUUGAAAAGUAAACGUUCGCUCUUGAUUUAUGAGAAUGAGGUGGUAAACGCACUUCUUACUUUCAGCCUGCAGACUACCGCCGGUGAGGCAGCCGCGGCCCAGGACUCGGAUGGCAAGACGGCUCGCGGUUCGUCGUAAAACCGCGAUACAUCGUAAAAGCAUCUACGCGGAACUUUCCGAGACGCGAAAACGAUCAGACCGAGAGACAGUUGACGGUAAUGUACAGAGAGAGAUAAAUCGCGCGACGUGGGAACGACGUUAUGCUACCUGAACCCGGAGGUCUUCCGGCAACGAGAGACAAAGCGAGUUCGCCCGGAUAUCUGAUAACAAAUAAUCUGAAGAGCACGAAGACUCUACCGAAAUAGCAAACAAAUAGGCACAAGCGGAAGGAAAAAACGAACACAGAGCUUGCGGGGGUGAAAAUGGUAACGUGAAGGGACGAGAAGAGGGAAAAGAAGGAAAGUGAAAUCCGGACGAAGCGCGGUGGGCGAAUCGCAAUACUGAACGAUGGAAAUGAACUCGACCACGAUCAUACCCGGUUACUACAAUGCCAGCCACUCCGUUGUCAACAGCAGCCUCCUAUACGAAUGCGAUCAGGAGAUUAACUCGUAUGGCCUGUCCGAUUUCAUCAUUUACGGCGUGCUCAUCAACCUAAUAGGUCUCUUCGGAAUCCUCGGCAACACGAUCUCGAUGAUUAUCUUGUCACGGCCGCAGAUGAAGUCCUCUAUCAAUUACCUGCUGAUCGGACUGGCCAGGUGCGACACCGUGCUGAUUAUCGUCGCGAUAUUGAUCUACGGACUGCCAGCGAUCUACACGUACACGGGCCUACUGUUCCACUACAAGUUUAUCGUUUACCCGAAGAUCAUCAAGUUCUUGUAUCCGUUCUCCUGCAUGGCGCAGAUCGUGACGGUGUAUUUAACGUUGACGGUGACCGUGGAGAGAUACAUCGCGGUCUGCCAUCCGCUGCAAGCCAGAUCAUUCUGCACUUACGGACGAGCGCAGGUGGCGGUGCUGGUCAUAGUGGUCUUCGCCUUUCUUUACAAUCUACCAAAGUUCUGGGAGAUCGAAGUGUACGUCGAGAUACACUGGAAGUACAACGUCACGAUUUACUGCAUCUUCCCGACCGAGAUGAGGAGCAACGAUUUCUACGUCACUCUGUACAUACACUGGUUGUACUUCUUCGUGUACUAUAUGUUUCCGAUCAUCGCGCUGGUGAUUUUCAACACGGCCAUUUAUCGACGGGUCAGGAAAGCAAACAGGGACUUGCAACAACUGUCGCGUCACCAACGCCGCGAGAUCGGCCUAGCGACGAUGCUGCUGUGCGUGGUGGUGGUCUUCCUGAUCUGCAACAUCCUGCCGUUGGUCUCGAACAUCUACGAGACGUUCAUCGAGGAUCCGCCGCGGUGGAUGGUGCAGGUCGGCAAUCUCCUCGUGACCAUCAACAGCAGCAUCAACUUCAUCAUCUACGUGAUCUUCGGCCGCAAGUUCAAGAGGACCUUCCUCAGGCUCUUCUGCUCGUCGAGGCUGCACGGGCCCAACCGGGACAGUCCGGAGUUUCAGACGUACGACGAGUCGAUCGUCACCAAUACGACCAACAUCGAGCUGAGGAACUCGGUCAGGCAUCUCGGCAAUCUCAACCGAAGCAACACCAUCAAUCGCAACAACAACUUGGUCCAUGGUGGUAACGUCCACGUAUCUAACGGCAGCACCAGGCGGAGCGUCAAGCUAUCCAGGCCGGUCAGCUCCGGACCCUGCGUCUAUUAUCCGGCGAAAAGCCCGGCGAGGAGUCCCAGUCAGAUAUCGAGGACGUCGAGCAGUCACAACGGCUGGAAUAAUAGGAAAGAGAACGACGACACCACGCUGUAACGAGCGUCGUCGUUCGUUCGUUAUCCAAUCAAAAGUCGCCCGGCCGAAUGUCCCGGUCGGGUGUUAUUUACUUGUUUUUGCUGGGCCGUCACGAUCGGCAGUUGUGAGAAAAGGAGAAGGAUAAUGUUAGCGUUCCAAUUGGCUUGGUUUCAAGCCGGAGAUUCGUGAGACGAGAAGAAGAACGACGUCGAUCCUGCGUUACAUUCUAGGAUACGGAUGUCGCUGCGUCUCCCGACGGAAGCGGAUAUCCAUCCUGAGGCGUUACCGAAGUGAGCUAUAAGCGCAACGUUGUUGCUCCGGCGUUUUUUCUUGGACUCAUCGUCCCGACCGGGACAUAGCCUGGUCAGGGCUGGACGUCGUUGACUUGAGACGGACUAUUCCGCGGCGCACAGUGGACGUUUCUUAUUUCCUUCGUUACUCAAACAAAAAUCCUGCCAAGAAUCCUAGUAUUUGGUAUCAAGGACAGGUCCACCCAGGAUGGAACAGGUGAAGAAUACGAAGAACAGCGUUGUAUCUCGCGAUACAGCGUUACGUUCGAUAUUGACUUUCUCUCCGUCUGUGUAUCCUGUCGUCCUGGAGAGGAGCUCUUAUAGCAGCUUCGACGAAGUGUCCGUCGGUCGGGACGGAUGGAAGGACGAAUUCGCACUGCGGUGGACAGCGGAUAUUAUUAUUCCUCUGGGAGAAAUUCGGACCGAUCCACUCUCUCUCGUGCUCGGACGCUGUAAUCCCAUCGGGGAAACGCGACUUCGAUAUAAAAGAAAGAGUCGUUAAGGAUAACAGCUCCUGUAGGUUCUGCGCGGCGGAAGACCUUCUCCGAAGGGAGGGCCCGCCCGGGCCAACCGAGUCUCCUCCGGAGCGAUGAUCUGCCCGAGCGAAAGUUGCCACGUUCACUUCGGGACGAUCCAGUUUCAGAUCUUGUUUAACGAGAAGAGCUGCUGUAGAUCUUAAAUGUCGGACUCCUCGGGGCAGUCCAGUUUUUGAUUGUCAGAAUUAUACGUUAAUCGCUGAAUCGCUAGGUUUAAGAUAACAGAAAACUUGUUCUCUUUACGAUAAAAGACUGGUAUUAGCGGAAUAAGCUCCUGUCUCGGAAGCUCCUUCUUCCAUUGAUCGAGGCUCUCUGUCACUCGGCCGUUAUCCUCUCUCUCAUCCCACACUAAGUAGAACUUUAGGAGCCACGCGCGGACAUGUUGAGAUAGAAAAAAAAAAAAAAUAUAUAUAUAUAUAUAUAUAUAAUUAAUAUAUAUUUUAAUUAAUAUAUAUACUAAGUAAACAGGACGUAGGCUAAGAAAGAAUUUUCGCGAUCAGAAGUUCCGCUUUCGCGAGGAAAAUGUUGCACAAAGGAGAAGGUUAAGGGAGAAUUCGCUAACUCCGGAGCGACGGUUCCAUGAACUUCUGCAGAGGUCGGUCACGUACUUAGCUCUCCCGAGAAAAUAAAUCGGAUUUUGUCGGAGUCAAAAGUACAAGAGCCAACGGAAGACGCGACAUUCCCUCGGGAGGGCUUCCGUCGCGGCUAUAAAGGAUGGAAGUCCUUUUUCGCGCCGUGAAACUUGCGCCGGUCGGAGCGAUAUUCGUCAGCCGGCGAAAGAGCGUCUCUCGUCGCAAUUAUUCGAAUAAUGAACUCCCGGUAUAUUUAAAGAACGUCGAUCGUAAUCCUUCGAGACGUUCAUUGGCAAAUUUCUAAGCACAAUUUGAGAUUCAACUUUCAGCCGAGACAUUUUUCUAAAUUUUCGUUCGAAGAGGCUCGAAGAGAUCGAUAUUGUACGUAUUUCUUUUCGUCGUUUAGGAAUGCAAAUUCAAAAAGGAGAACUACGUAAAUCGCACGAUCGAAUGUCUGGAUGCGCGAGAAACGCUGGAGGAAGAACGUAGCUACUAUUAUUACUCGAUGUGCUCUCGAAAUAUAAAUGUAAAAUGUAUCAAAUUUCACGAGUAGCACUGGUAAUAUCCGCACUGAAUGAAGAUAACGUCCUCACUAUAUACACGAGCGACCGAGUAUAAUUAAAAAAAAUUGUAUAUGUAUAUUAAAAAAGAAUGGAGAUUGCUUAAGAGAGCUAGACGUUAAUCUAAUAAUUGUAAAUACAUUUCUAUUUCCCCGAUUACUGAUUACUCUACGUCAGAAACUAUGUCGACUUUUAAGCAUACAUCUUUUCUCCCGCUGCGACAAUUAUUUAUUUAUGGCUUGUAUAACACUCUACUUAUAUAUAAGGAAAAUACCGCGAGAACACGCGAAACUACAAGAAUUAAAGCUCCGAUUCCACGUU